AAUAAAAUAACAGGCCCAAAUAAAAUCCAUUCGAUCUAAUAAUUUUACUCAAAACUCUUAUAAUUUGUAGAACCCAAAUUAGCGUUCUUGGUUCUCCAACGCUCACAGGAAUACACCGGCCACUUUAUUAAUUUUCAAGGGUUUUAGAGAGGUCUUGGAAGUAAGACACAACGAUGGAUUCGUCACAGAGUGCAGCAACAGCAGGGACUGGUGUUGGUGGCAAUGGGAUGAUCAUCUCUCAAGCCAAUGACACAGCAGCAACAACUGCUGUGGACGAUCCAAAGCAGAACUUGAACCAGGUCAUCAACUCUAUCCAGAAAAAUUUGGGUCUUCUUCACCAGCUCUCCCUUACUGUCUCUUCCUUCAAUGUUGCCUCUCAGCUUCCUCUUCUCCAACGCCUCAAUUCUCUUGUUAUGGAGCUCGACAACAUGGUUAAAUUAGCUGAGAAGUGCAACAUUCAGGUUCCUAUGGAGGUUCUGAAUUUGAUUGAUGAUGGAAAGAAUCCAGACGAAUUCACUAGGGAUGUCAUAAACAGCUGUAUUGCCAAAAAUCAGAUCACCAAAGGCAAAACUGAUGCCUUUAAGGGUUUACGCAGACAUCUUCUGGAAGAACUUGAUCAAACAUUUCCUGAUGAAGUUGAAUCUUACAGAGAGAUACGUGCAGCCUCUGCUGCUGAAUCGAAACGGCUUGCACAAGCACAAAGCAUAUUACCAAAUGGAGAUAUGAAAGCCUAAUCCGACCUUUAAGGCUUAAUUUCCUUUUCAGUACAUGCUGAUCAUAAAUUUGGGAAUGUGACAGCGUUGAUUGUCGUCAUGAUUUUAGCUUUGUAUACUAUCUUUCUUAGAUAAGGGCAUGUACUAUUCAUAUGGUUAACUAAUGUAUUAUAAAGAAACUAUGUCCUGCAGUCGUUGUAGGUUUUAUUAUCCUUCAGUUUUAUGCCUUUUGAUUCA